AUGGCGAUUCUUCUCGCCGAUCUGGCUUGUGAGAUUCAGCUUCUAGUCUUCCAACACUUGUAUACGAUAGACGAUACGCAUCAUCUUGAACGCACUUGCAAGAAAUCCAAUGCCGUCUUCGAGGCAAAUAGAUAUAUCAUUUUCCAGUCGAUCAUUCUUCAGUCCCCCGUCUACAUUUCCGACAUUAAGCUAUGUCACUUUAUCGAUGCCAUACAGGACUUUGUUGCGAAGCACCCGGACCCGCUACAAGUAAUAGCAAAUCCUGACUCUCAUGUCAAAUGUCGCCCCAAGAUGGACAAGCUGGCAGAUCUUUUAUCUGUCCGCCAAACCCGCCGUUUUGUCUCCGUCUGCAUGGUAGAUGACAUUCUUGCCCGAUGGAGUGGCUUGCGCUUGUUGGUCGAUAUCUGUUUUGAAUUCGAUGGCAAAUGGCCAACCAAUCCAUUCGAGAGGAACCCCGUCAAAAAGAUGGUUACUGCUGCUCGUUCCUCCGCCAGUGGAGGACUAUCAGUCUGCAGUCCUUCCGCAGAAUGGGUGGCGCGCCUCUAUAAGGCGAUCGUAGGCGUCUGGCUUCGUCAGGCAAUUCUCAACUUUGGCAAUAUAAUGCACUGGGAGUCUGCCAUUGCAUUAAAUGUCUUUCGUGAGACUGACGUGCUACCUCUUCCGGGCUGCUCAAUUCGGGACAUGGCAGAUCUUGUCAAAGCCUGGAACAUUCUCUUCGUUCGCCUUCGAAAACCACCGUUUCAACUGGGUCAUCCCUCGGUCAUCCGUAGUGUUACGCAAGACGACAUACCUGGCAUCAUCACCAUUCUGCGGCCUCCAGAUAUAGCCAAUCUUCUCAUCCUGAGCAUGGACGUCUCGGUACCAUUUCCGCCUGAUGAUACCGUUUUUCUUGCCAACUGCGGGGUUUCGGAAUUCUCAUCAGGAGGCAUAUGGUUUUCGAGAAUCCAUCACACAGAAGCUCCGGAAGAGGACGGCAGCUACUUAGAGAAUAGCCUAACGCCGAUUUGUGAAGGGCUUCGCAAGGCAUUGUGGGUAAUGUUCGACUUGACACGAUUAGGUCGUUCAUCAUUUGGAAAGGAGCGCCAGCGUGACCCACCCUUUUCACACCACGCCUUGUCUAUACAAAUGGAGACUUGGGUGGCGAAAGUGAAAAGUCCAGACGACCUUUUCGCCAGGUAUCUAACGAAUGAUCAAGUUGUGGAAGACAUUAUUGGUAAGGUAUUCUUGAGAGAGCUCCUACGGCGAGAUCUUGAUCCACAGGUCCCCUUCUCCACGCGUACUGCUAUAGAUUGGUAUUAUAAGUUCGCUAGCCUCUUCCGGUGGGUCGCAAGGAGAGAUUUUGCAGACGCAGAUGUCGAGGAAAUCCUGGAAAUCCUGGACUCCCUGGAUGAGGUGACUAUGGAUGCUAUUGACACUUCCGACGAGCUCUGGAGCAGAUCGGCUGAAUGGUACAAUACAUAUCACUGA